AAACAUAUAAUAAUUCAGAGCCAAGCUGAGCGGCCAAUAGCCGGGAUGUUUUAGGAUUGCUGCCAGAAUCCGAAGACAUCCGAGAGACUGGUCUGUUUAGAUUCAGUUGGCACUCGUACCUCAAGUAAUACUCUACCUCAUACUCAUACUCACCCAUACCAUUGUCAUCUUAAUUUUCAUAUCACGAUUGUCAUAUUAAUCUCUAAAUAUUUUUAAUAAAAUAAUUUUAUCGUUGCCUUUCAAAAAUAGACUACUCGCUUCUACGGAGCCGAAAAUUUAUCCUCGCGUAUUUUCCAUAAAGUGUAGACUUACAUUGGACAUAAAAUAUUUAAAAAAAGUGACUGAAGUUUAAGUCAGCCGAGUGAUGUCUGCUAAAUGUCUGCUAAUACUGCUGAGUAGUUUCAUCUUCUUAAUAGGUGUCUGCAGUGGAAACCCCGAGCCUGAGUGGUGGGAAACCGCACAGAUCUACCAGAUAUGGACUAGAGCAUUUAAAGACAGCGAUGGUGAUGGUGAAGGUGAUCUACAAGGCAUACUCAGCAAACUUGACUACAUUAAGGACAUUGGGGUCGACACCAUUUGCCUGAGUCCCAUAUUUUCGUCUCCUUUAAAUGAUUUCGGGUAUGACAUUUCAAAUUACACGGAUAUCAAUCCCAUUUACGGGGACAUGGAAGACUUCGAUCAACUGGUUGAAGAAAUUCACAAGCGCGAUAUAAAAAUAAUAUUAGAAGUCGUGCCGAAUUAUUCUAGUUCGGAGCAUGAGUGGUUCGAAGCAUCGGUAAAUCGUAUUGAUCCGUACAGUGAUUAUUACAUCUGGGCAAACGGAAGCGUCGAUGGAAAUGGAACUAAAACACCACCAAAUAAUUUGACCAGUAUGUGGAAUUAUGACAAAGGGUCAUCCUGGACUUGGAAUGAGGUCAGAGGUCAAUGGUACUAUCAUAAAUUCAAAGAAACAAAACCGAAUCUUAAUUUACACAGCGAGGAUGUUGUUAAAGAAAUAAUGGAGAUUUUAGAUUUCUGGCUCGAGAAAGGAGUCGAUGGUUUUCAGAUCUCCAAUGGUGGAUUUUUUUACGAAGACCCGGAAGAGGAAGACGAGCCAGAUGAAGAGACAGUGAGUGGGGUCGGUAACGCGGAGGUUGCAAAUUUAAUAUCCGAAAUUCGGGAGCACACGGAAAACUGGACGGAGACAAACAAUUCAACGUCUAAGUUAUUGCUCAUCGUGUCCGAAGACUCGGACGAAAACUUGAUAUCUUACUACGGUGAUGACAGUAACCUAGGUGUCGUUCCAUUUAAUUUUCAUCUCAUUACGAACGUCAGUGUGAACGACGGCGCCGAUGAAAUUAAGACUUUAAUUGAAAAUUGGCUUAAUACCAUUCCAGAUAAUCAUCCAACCAAUUGGCCGAUAAGUCAUCAAGAUGGUUCAAGAAUAGCAACAAGACUCGGAGAAGAACGGGCUGAAGCCAUGCUGGUGCUGACGAUGUUGUUACCCGGGCAAGUCUACUCUUACUACGGAGACGAAAUCGGCAUGAAGGACGCAGAGUUGCCAUGGAACGGGACAAUAAAUCCGACUCCUCGUCCUUUCACUCUGACAAAUAUCGUCGAGUUGUCUAAAUACGCCGGGAGAUCUCCGAUGCAAUGGGACAACAGCACUUGCGCUGGAUUUUCGGUUAACGAAACCGUCUACUUCCCCAUUAACGAAGAUUAUGUCACCAGAAACGUCGAGAGUCAACUCGAGGACGCUCUCAGUACUCUAAAUACCUACAAAACUUUGGCGUAUCUUCGUAGAGAGAUGGUAUUCCAACAAGGCCAUUGGAGUUUGGAGACAAUAAAUAACGACAAAGUCCUCUUUCUCAGAAGAUAUUUGGAAAACCAGCCUGAGUAUUUGGUGCUAAUUAAUUUCGGGAUCGAAGAAGAAGUAGUUAACGUUACUGCUUUGGUAUCGGAGGCAGAUGAUUUAAAAAUAGUCUUGUCUACUAAUGAACGAAGUCUGAUUGAACCAGACUCGGUAAUAGAAACGGUUAAUAUCGAAGCUUAUGAUGCAGUUGUUAUUGUAAAUUAUAUUAAUGAGACUGAUGUGACACCUCAAGAUAAUCAAACAAGUACUGAAGAUAAUUUAUAUCUUGAAUCCACUCCAUAUUCAUUAGAUGUAGAUAGUAUUGAUAACACCCCAGAUGUAACUAUGACUGCUGAGGAAAUAGACGAGAGCGACGAGACAGUGGAUGAUAUUGCGACAGAGUUUUCAGAAUCUACUGCAGUACCUGCCACUGGCAUGUCUCUAAUAGUUAAUCCAAUUACCACACUGUUGAGUACCUGUUGUAUCUUAAUGCUAUUUAAAUAAAGCAACCA